AUGGACCGGAGCAAACGAGCAGACUACGGCAGCAGCUACAGCCACUGGCGAGAGGAGAACGUUGCGUCACUUGAUAAGGAAGCUCACCCCUGGGGCGGCUCUUCGAGAUUCGGUCUCGCCAACAUUCUCAAUCGCCACAGCGCUGGCUCCUCGGGCGGCACAAUGCCCACUUUCAGUCUCCCGUCGCUUCACGGUUUCUCAAAACCGCAACGGACGGCCAAGCAAGAGAUGCCGGCAGCUUUGCAGCACUACGAGGAGGACCGCUACAUCUCCACACGCAUGGGGCAGCAGCAACAGCAGCAACGACGAUGCAGCGUCGAGUCGUCUCCAAGUCGAGAGUCGCUGUCGCCUACUUCGCGCCGUGGGGGUAUUUCAGGCUCUGCUAAUGGAGAAGACGUCAGUCAGGACACGGAAAAUAUGAGUGCGGGGGCUCGGGACGGCACUGUUACCCGCGGUGGUCGCUGGACAGCUGACGAACACGAGCGCUUUCUAGAGGGAUUUCGCAUCCACGGACACAAGUGGAAACGAGUGCAGCACGUGGUACGCACACGGUCAGUGACCCAAGUGCGUACACACGCUCAGAAGUAUCUUUUGAAGGUGGCCAAGCUAAAAGCUGAGAAGAAGCAAAGUGGCAAAGCUGCGGAGAUGGCCACGCUUGCUUCGGGGUACUCGUGUGGACCGCCAGCGCCAGUGUCGUUAGAUGGCCGCAACACAGCUCCGUCUACACCCGAGCAAGGCAGCAAUAAUGACAGUCCACGCAAGACUCCGCAGGAUAAAGUCCGUCGGUUGGACCACGGCAGCUGCGAUCCAGUCGAUCAGGAGUACAUAGCCGCUGCUGCUACGACGCUGUGCUUCCUUAUGAGCCAAAAGAUCGACUCGUUGUUUGACUCGAGACAUGAGCUACGAGCGGAACAUGACAACGCGGAGCACGAGCCAUAUGACUGCUACGUGCCACAGCCAUUGAGUCAGCCUGACGCCGAAUGCACUGCGUCUCGCAAGCGGUCGCAUCUGCAGAUUUGUACUGACCAAGAGACUGAGGAUUACGUGCCAUCGUACGACACUGCCCACGGCGAUCAGUCGUCGUACACAAUUGAAGGCAACAAACUCUGCUCGUAG